AUGUUAUUUAUGGCAUUGGGAUUAUUGUUCCUGCCUCAGACAACGACCAGGAUUCCUACAGCUAAAUGUGCAGUCAGUGAGCUUGUUCCUAUUUUUCACAAGUAUUAUCAAUCAGGAGAAAUAAUCAUUGCUGGCAUAAUGUCUCAGACCGCCAUUCUUUCUGACCUGAUAACAUUCAGAAGACAUCCCUAUCAGGAAGUGUUUGAAGAGUUCAUCUUCAUGACUCAGAACUACCAGCACAUCCUUGCCUUGGUAUUUGCACUGAAGGAGAUCAAUGACAACGCUCAAAUCUUACCUAAUAUCACUCUGGGCUUUGACAUCUAUAAUGACUAUUUUAGUCCACAAUUCACCUACCAGGCCUCACUGAAGAUUCUUUCAACACAUGACAAAUUUGUCCCUAACUACAAAUGUGAUGCCCAGAACAAUCUGGUAACAGUCAUCGGGGGACCAAAUUCUAACAUUGUUGAAAACAUAGCAACUAUAUUGGGCAUCUACAAGAUUCCACAACUCACAUAUGCCUCUGCUCCAGAGACAAAUAACAAACCCGAAGAUGUUUUCUUCCACUGGAUGUUUCCAAAUGGGGCUCAUCAGUAUAGCGGGAUCCUCCAGUUAUUGUUGCAUUUCAGGUGGACGUGGAUUGGGGUGAUUUACCUUGACAUUGACAGGUCAAAGACAUUUGUACAGGAUGUGCUUCCCAUGCUUAGUCAAAAUGGCAUUUGCUUUGACUUCAUCAAAACCUUACCAGAUAAAGGUUUUUCUAACCAACAGUCUGAAAUAACAGAAAAAGGAUUCAGGAUAAUAAAUGUUGCCAUUGAAAGCACAGCUAAUUCAGUGUUAUUUCAUGGUGGAUAUCAGUCCAUGAUAAAUUUAAGAUUUAUGCUCAAGUUUGCACAAUUUGAAGAUUUAUCAGUGAAGACAAAAGUCUGGAUUAUGACAGCGGAAGUUGAUUUCACAUCAAUUCCCUUUCAAAAAAGCUGGGACAUUGAUUUCAUCCAUGGCUCUAUAUCCUUUGCAGUCUCAUCAAAGGACGUGUCAGGAUUCCAGGAAUUUCUUCAGAUGAGGAACCCAACACUGGAGAAAAAGGAUGGUUUUCUGGGGGAAUUUUGGCAACAGGUAUUUGAUUGCUUGCUCCCCAGCUCUGGUGUAGACAACAUGGAUGUCAAUAUCUGCACUGGGAAAGAGAAACUGGAGACCCUUCCUGGCUCUGUUUUUGAAAUGAGCAUGACUGCCCACAGCUACAGCAUCUACAAUGCCGUCAAUUUGGUGGCACAUGCUUUGGAUGCCAUGCAUUCAACCAUAUCAAACCACAGAACAAUUGUGAAUGGAGAAAGAUGGAAACACCUGAAUCAACAACCAUGGCAGCUCCCACAUUUUCUGAAAAGUGUUUCCUUUAACAUCAGUGCUGGGGAAGGAGUUUCCUUUGAUCGAAAUGGAGAAUUAUUAGCUGGAUUUGAUAUUAUCAAUUGGAUCACAUUCCCAAACCAGACUUUUCUUAGAGCUAAAGUUGGAAGGAUAGACCCACUAGUACCUCCUGAUAAACUGCUCACCAUUUCUGACAAUGCCAUAAAAUGGCCCAGCAGAUUUAACCAGAAUAUCAUCUCAAUGUGUAGGAUUAACAACCAUCAAAACCAAAGGCCAAUUAAGAAAUGCAAAAUUUGA